AGUUUUAAGACUCCUUGCAGUCUGGGGACAGUGAAGGAGCCGCCCAUUUGUUUUUAUUUAUUUAUUUUGACAUCAAUCACUGUUGAAACUUGGAUGAGAGGAUCGGAGAGGAAUCUCUGAAGGAUCUCCGGAUGCCGUUUCUGACUCUGACGUCUCGGCCAGCACUGAAAAACCCAGAAAACUCACCAAACUCUCCUCCUGGUUUAUCCUCAAGAUUUUUAUUCUGACGUUUCAUCAGGAGAAAGGUGGAGGUUUGUUCAGUGGUCUCCUCAAAAAGACGCCCAAAGGAGAAAAGACUCCAGACAGAGAGGCUCGGCGAGAGCUGUCAGCCAGCUGUGAAGACCUGGCUGAGAAUAACAAGGAGACAAUCAUUUUCAGCAACAUGUUUAAGAAAACACAGGAGCCAGCAGCAGAGGGCGCUAGAGCAGAGACAGAGGACCUGGACACUGACGGACGAUUAUCCGCCAGCAGCGAGAACCUGACCGACCCGACCGGCCCAAAGGAGACAAAAAGAGGCCUGGCUGGAACAUUCAAAAGAUCUUCAAGCUUUGACAACCUGCUAGACGAGGACAAAAAUAUUUUCAGCGGCAUGUUUAAGAGAAGGGCGAAGCCGGCAGAGGAGGGGUCAAACGCGAAGGGCAAAAACACAACGUUGUUUGGCAGCGCUGAAGAUCUGCUGGAGACAAACCCAACUAAAGAGAAAACGGGAGGACAUACAGCGUUCGUUAAAAAGUCGCCCAAACCGUCUCCGCGCUCCGUUGCUACUGAGGAUCCGCUGACCAAGCAGCUGUCGUCCAGCUGGGACAGCCUGACUGAGGCCGGGAACGACGACGGCGCCUCUCAGCGAGAACUGUCAGCCAGUACAGAUAAUCUUUGUGACGCCUCCAAGGAGAAAAAAGCCGGGCUGUCCGGGAUGUUCAGACGAACGCCUAGAAAUACGGAGCAGCAGGAAGGUGAAGACGUGGCGCCACCUGCUGGACGCGGACUGAGUCGCAAGAGAACCAUAACGAAGAAUCGCAGAGUUGUGUCUUUCCGAGUCAAGAAAACUCUUCCCAGAACGUCCGUAGAGAAAUCCAGUGAAAUGCCUGUGAUUAAGGAGAACCUUGAGAUGGGGGAGCUGAACACUCCACAGGAGAGCACGGUGGUGGUGGAGCCGGUGGAGAUGGCAGCUUAUCCCACUGAGGAAAGCCUGACCCAGAUGGAGCAGGAGAACAAAGAGCUGAUGGAGUGGUGGAACUCAGUGAAAGGUUGGACCGAGUGGAACGAGACCUCAAAUUUCCAGGAGGAGGAUGAACAAAUUGCGAUGGAGCAGGCAGCCGAUCGAGUCUACAUGGCAGCCCGUGUUUUCGUUCACCUUUUCAACCAGCGGGGGGCGUCCUUGCAGCACCGCAUCCUGGAGCUGCUGUCGAUGGCCGACGCCGCAGACGAGUUCCACAAGAAGACGGUGACGGCCGCUGUGGGCGGGGGCGUGGCCAGCGUGGCGGGCAGCGUGACGACCAUCACCGGCCUCAUCCUGGCUCCGUUCACCUUCGGGGCGUCGAUCAUCGUCACGGCGGUGGGGAUCGGCGUGGCGACGGCCGGCAGCAUCACGUCGGCGACGGCCAACAUCACCGACACUGUGCACUCCAACAUGGACCGCAAGAAGGUGGAGACGAUGAUCCAAGGCUACCAGGAGGAGAUCGAGGACAUCAGGAAGUGCAUGGAGUUCGUUCAGGAGGGAAUGAACACCCUGGAGGAAUGGGAUUUUGAGAAAUACUCUGAAAGUGCCGCCAAAAAGGCUCUAAACCACAACAUUAAACACGUGAUGAAGGAGGGCGGCCGGGCGGGGAAAGCCCUGAUGAUCAACACUGAGAAUCUGAUCAGCACCGUUCAGGUUCUGGGCGCCGCCGGUGGCGCCGCUAAGGCCGCCCAGGCCGUCAGCGUCACCACGGGCGUCAUGUCCGCCCUCUUCCUCGCCCUGGACAUCUUCUUCCUCGCCAAAGACUCCCACAAACUCCACAAGGGAGCCAAAACCAAGUUCGCCGCCAAGAUCCGGCAGGUGUGCAAAGACCUUCAGGAAGGCCUGCUGGAGCUGAACAAGGUGAAGACUCAGCUGCAGAAGACGAUGGACGGCAUCGAGGUGGAGGAGUACGAGGACAUCGAGGAGGUGGAGGUGGAAGACGAGUUCGAGUCCGACCCGAAGAAACUGGCAGAGCUGGAGCAGGAGAUCGACGUCAUGGAGGAGAAACUGGACAAAAAGGAGGAGAAGGAGGAAGAGGUGGAGCAGAAGAAGAGCAAAGAGGAGAACGAAGAGCGGAGCAGCAGAACGGAGAGCGCCUGGAGACGCUUCGAGAGAGGAGGAGGAGAGGAGAGGAGGCAGAGGAGGAGAGGAAGUGACAGGGAGCAUGGACACAGCCAGAAAGGAUUGAGGUCCAAAUACGACGCCCUGAACAUCUAA